AAGAGAAUUGCGCGACAGUCUCUAAAGGCGCUUACCAUAUUGGGAAGUUAGACUUGAGGGAGUAGCUAUAAAUUGCCGUACAGGACGAAGUUCAAGCACCUUGAAGUCUCGCAGGAAGCCGGGCAAUCAGACAAGCCAACCACACUCAGUGACUAUGUCAAUCACCAAGAUCCAUGCUCGUGAGAUCCUCGACUCCCGAGGAAACCCUACUGUAGAAGUAGACCUGUACACGGCCAAAGGGCUCUUCAGAGCUGCUGUUCCCAGCGGCGCCUCCACUGGAGUUCAUGAGGCUCUCGAGCUUAGAGAUGGUGACAAGUCUCGCUAUCUGGGCAAAGGUACGAUAAAAGCCGUCGACCAUGUCAACAAGGACAUUGCCCCCAAACUGAUUGAGAAGAAGCUGAGUGUGGUAGAGCAGGAGAAGAUCGACCAGUUCAUGCUGGAACUGGAUGGCACUGAGAACAAAUCUAAGUUUGGCGCUAAUGCCAUUCUGGGUGUGUCUCUGGCGGUCUGCAAAGCCGGAGCUGCUGAGAAGGGUGUUCCCCUGUACCGCCACAUCGCUGACCUUGCUGGAAACAAGAACGUGAUCCUGCCUGUACCAGCCUUCAAUGUCAUCAAUGGUGGCUCCCAUGCCGGAAACAAGCUGGCCAUGCAGGAAUUCAUGAUCCUGCCGGUGGGCGCGGCUAGCUUCCACGAGGCCAUGCGCAUCGGUGCCGAGAUCUACCACAACCUCAAGAACGUAAUCAAAGCCAAGUAUGGAAAGGAUGCCACCAAUGUGGGUGAUGAAGGUGGCUUUGCCCCCAACAUCCUGGAGAACAAUGAGGCUCUGGAGUUGCUUAAGACUGCCAUUGAGAAAGCCGGCUAUCCUGACAAGGUCAUCAUCGGCAUGGACGUUGCCGCUUCAGAGUUCUUCAGAAACAGUAAAUACGACCUGGAUUUCAAGUCUCCCGACGACCCGUCCCGCCACAUCUCUGGGGAGCAGCUGGGAGACCUGUACAAGAGCUUCGUCAAGAACUACCCAGUACAGUCCAUUGAGGAUCCGUUUGACCAGGAUGACUGGGAGCAGUGGUCAAAGUUCACAGGUUCUGUGGACAUCCAGGUGGUGGGCGAUGACCUGACCGUGACCAACCCCAAGCGGAUCCAGCAGGCCGUGGAGAAGAAGGCCUGCAACUGCCUUCUGCUGAAGGUCAACCAGAUUGGCUCAGUCACAGAGUCCAUCAAGGCGUGUAAGCUAGCCCAGUCUAAUGGCUGGGGAGUGAUGGUUAGCCACCGCUCAGGAGAAACUGAGGACACCUUCAUCUCUGAUCUGGUUGUUGGCCUGUGCACUGGACAGAUCAAGACUGGUGCACCGUGCAGAUCAGAACGUCUGGCAAAAUACAACCAGUUGAUGAGGAUUGAGGAAGAGCUCGGAAGCAGUGCCAAGUUUGCUGGCAAGGACUUCCGUCGCCCCAAGGUCAACUAAAUCUGUCCUCAUGCCCGACAUCUUCAGUCCCCCAGUAACUGUGAGGGCUGAAGAUGCCGUCAAACUGGCCAGCGGCCUCUGAUCGGGAAUGUAUUUUGUAACUGCCUCUGCCCUCUUUGCUAUUGAUCUCUGGAAGAAUUUGAUUGAAAUAAAUCUUGAGGUGAAAAUG